CCUCCCAUAUCAUGCGCAGAGAGCUUCUGUAUAGCGGAAAUGUUGCGAAGAACCUUAACUUUGAGCUGCGUACUAAAUUAAAUCUUUAACGUGUUGAUAAACUGAGAAUUAUUUUUACCUUUUGUUAUACGAACUAACGAAGAGAACCCACAUCUGAAAUUGGAAGCGUUUGGUAUCAACUCAACCUGUUGACCAAAUACUAUGAAAUAGCCGAGGCUAAAUACUAAAUCACAUGAUCGUAGCGCGUUUUAUAUCUUAACUUGUUGAUACAUCUAUAGGGGAAUAUGGCGGGCACAGCAUCUGUUAGUGGGUAUGGGGCUUGCGGAAUCAGUAAUCCUGGAUACUUACCAGCAACGGCUGGGGCACCAGCAUUGUUUGCUCCACCUACCAUGCCAAGCCCCAGUGCUCCCCCAGCCAGUAUGUUUGACAGUGUGCCUGGUUAUGAAGGAACAGUGUCCGGGGGUGGAGGUGGGUUCCUGCCUCCCCCAAUGCCCUCCUUCCCAGUUCCUCAGCCUGAGCCCGGACCCUCUCAGCCACACUGGAAUAUUCCUUCUAUAACUGAAGACCAAGCCAGGGAAGCUCUUACCAUGUUUGUAUCCAGUAAGUGCUGCUACAAUUCAGCACCAGUCAAGGAUGGUGUGAUCACCAACAUGGAGGCAUUCAACACAUAUAGGUAUCGCCUGGAAACCUAUACUGAGUCUAGAUCAACAGAGUGGAGUCAUCAGCCAUACAAUGGACAACCAAUUGAUGCUUACUCCCAACCGCCCCCUGGGCCUUGGGAAAUUCCUGCGAAAACCCCCAGUUUCUUUCGUGAUGAGAAGCAGGUGAUCAAGGUUCCUUACACCUCAUCUGUGAAGAACUGUCAUGCCUGCGUUGGAAUGGGAAGAACUCCAUGCACAGAUUGUGCAGGUUCUGGAAGUAAAGUCUGCUGGGUGUGCAAUGGCUCUGGCCAGCGCCUUGAAGAGAACAGAUGCCACCAUUGCAGUGGAAGGGGAAGGGAGAAUUGUAACUUUUGUCAUGGGAAAGGGUCAAAGGAAUGUAAAAUCUGUCAUGGCCGAAGACAGCUUUUGGUGUUCAUCAACCUAAAUGUGAAAUGGACCAAUAACACUGAAGACUAUGUGGUGGAGCAGUCAAGUGGAUUGCACGUGACCAACCUGAGUGGUGUGUCUGGAAAGGAACUAUUCAGGGACACUCAGUAUAUGGUGUACCCAGUAAUGGGAUUCCCAGACCAUGGAGUGGUAAAUGCUGCAGAGCGCCUAGUCAAGGAUCAUCAGGUCAGAUACUCCCAGACAUCACGGAUUUUACAACAGCGCCAGAUCAUUGAGUUGAUUCCUAUCACGAAGGUGACCUACAACUGGAAGGGAAACUCUCACAUGUAUGUUGUUUAUGGGAAUGAGUUGAAAGUUAGUGCUGAUAACUAUCCAGCUACCUGUUGCUGCACUGUAAUGUAACAAGCCUCUUUGAAACAGAAGAAAAUGGUAUACAAAGAACAGGAUAUAGUUAUAUCAGCAGGAAGUAGGGAUACACAACCACACAUCAGUUCACAUGUGUGGUUUGUAACACACCAACAAAGAUUACCAGUGUUUUAUUAAUAAAACUGUCUAAUAAUUACCACUACCUAUUACUGCACAAGUACAAAUCGUUUACCAAUACAAGCAAAGAAUCUAUAGAGAACUGCUUUCAGCAUAUAUAACGUAUUUCAACCUUAAUUUAAUCAUACCUUGAUUCUCUUAGUACUUAAUACAUCUAAUGUAUGAAUGUUAUUGUUAUUCACUUACAAUUGUUUACAUUUUAAAAUACAAAUUGUCCAAUAACUUUCUUUGUGCUUUAGGUAGGGCUAUUUAGAAUGAUUAUUCUGAAUUAAAUUCUGAAUGAAUUCUGUAAAUCUCAUUAUGCAAAAUGUUUGUUUUUUUACUGCAAAAGUCCUUUUCUAAUAAUUAUUCAUAAUAGUGGUCGUGAACUCAAUUAAAGUGUACCUUAUGUUGGA